AUGGGUGUUGUGUUCAUCGAAUCCGGAUUGGGAGCCGGCCAACGUCAAGACGGCAAGAGGACUGCAAAAAAGAUGAAACUGGAGGCUGGGCCUGUCAGAAGUCGCUCAGAGGAGCAACUCGCGUUUCGGACCGUCCCUGAUAUGGACUUUAUGGUUCUCCGUUUUCCCGGACAGUCUGCCCCCUCCUUCUCCAUCGAGGCCGAUCCGGAGAAAAGCUGGAGCUGUAAAGAGGAUCAGACCGCUGAGCUGCACUGCACGCCUGCGCUGCACUGCGUACGCAAUCAAGAGAACCCUCUCAAGUCUUUGCCAGCCAGCAGCAAUCUGAUUGCCCAAUGUCUAUCUGGAAUGGCACCCUCCCCCAGACAGACACUGGCUGGCCUCACAUGGCACCGGCAGGCGAUUCCGCGACGGGUGGAUGGCAGCCAUGGCAGGACAGGCAGGCAGUCGACCUUCGACAAUAACAUCGUGGCUCUUCUCGCCCGGAGGACUGGCUCGCUCGCUGUGUCGCUGGAUCUCUCGGGCGUCCGUGCUGAGGGUGCCUCGGGUACCGUGAUACCGUUCUGGAGGGGCACAGUGCCAGACUACUUCUCUGACCACUGCGACAACGCCAGCAACCUGCCGCGCCCACGCAAGCUCCGUUCCUCCGUUUUUCGAGACGUGUGGGAGAACUGGUGGAUAGGACAGGGAGCACCCCGGCCCGCUGAAAUCCACCGAGGCCAUCCGCUGGGUCCUGAAAUGGGCCUGAAAAUGGAAAUCUCCCGGCAAAAGGAGAUGGGUCCGUCCAAGCUGGCCCCAAACGACAGAGGUACAUGGGUACAGCUCCUGCGACAUUUUAAUACAACCUUCAGAACCGCCAAAAUGAUCACCAGGGAGUCUCAGUCUGUCUUCAACUUCGGCCGUGGCGCCUACGAUACCACCGGUGUCCCCAAGCCCCCACAGCCGCCCAAGCCCAGCCGGAGGUAAAGGGCCCUCGAUCAUUAUCGGGACCUGAUGCGUGCCUGUUCAUCCCUUGAUUCACUGCAGCGCGGAUCAUUGUCACGACAAGAUACCGUG